CCCCUACACUGUUGCCGGUGAGAGCUACUAAUCCCCUGCGUCCAUGGUUUACUCUGAGCCCGUAUUUAAUUCCUUUAAACCCCCAGCUGCCGCCCUCGUUACUCACUGACACGACAGACUGCGAACCGCUCUGGUUAUUAAUAAUUCACCAGCGCUCUGCUCCGCUUCUCCAGCCGCGGCCGCAGGACACCGCACGUCUUCACUGGUGCGUGCGUGUUUUUCACUUUCCACAUUUAUUUGCUUAAAUUUCAGCUGCUGUCGCAUAGCACAGCACGGCGCGGAGCGAGUACCAGUUCUUCAGUACAGCUUAUUUGAGCUCAUUUCUGCUGAGUCCCGCUGUCGCUGCGUUGGCUCUUGAUGUUGCGACAUCCGCGCUGCCACAUGGUGAGUUUCGCUUCAGGCGCCCUUCUUUCCGCAACUUUCUCCGGACACUGAGGAACAGGUGGAGGAGGACAGAGGCGCACCGCCACGUUUUCAGAUCAGCAGGGGGAAAAAAAGAGGAAAAAAUAAAAAGAGUGCAUGAAGUGAAAGCGCGCGGCGGCGUCCCCUCUGUGCAGGAGCAACAGCUGAUUUGAUGAAAGCGGCAGAGUGCCGGGCUACUUACUGACGGUGCACGGCCAGACUUCUGCUCUGUCACUCGGGCUCAGACUGUGCCUGUGUCGGUGGACUUUACGGCACCGAGACAGAUCGCGAGGGAGGAGAGGAGCGCGCAUUGCCAGGCCACGCAGUUUUUAUGGAAAUAUCUUGCUGAAACUGAACAGAAACACUUCGGACGAAGACAUCGGGACUUGGAUUAUACGGCUCUUCGCUCCCGUUGUCUUGGCUGAGGAUAGUUAACUGCAAAUUCCCAAAAAAUGACCAUGUUUACCGGACAACAGGCCGUGCAUUAGGGCUUCUUUGCUUCCGGUACAAGGCCCAACUAAACAAGAAACCGAGCACUUUUCUCUCUCUCACACACACACACUUUUUUUUUUUUUUUUUUUUUUUUUUUUUUUUUUUUGAAGCCGAACUUUUGAGAGUGGAAAAUGGGUCUUUGAGAGAGUUGGCACAUUUCCUCACACCACAAUGGCAACCGAAACCUUUCUGUUGAACGAAGAACCCUCCAGAGGUCCUGGGAUGCCUGAAUGCUUUGUAGUAUCAGAUUCAUACAGGUAUUACCCUACUCACCUUCUAAACAAUGCCUUAGUGGAUGAAUUUCAUCCCUUCAUCGAGGCCCUCCUCCCCCAUGUCCGUGCCUUCUCCUACACUUGGUUCAACCUGCAGGCCCGCAAACGCAAGUACUUCAAGAAGCACGAAAAGAGGAUGACCAAGGACGAGGAGCGUGCGGUGAAGGACGAGCUGCUGGGGGAGAAGCCAGAGAUCAAGCAGAAGUGGGCCUCGCGCCUGCUGGCCAAGCUCCGCAAGGACAUCCGGCCUGAGUUCCGCGAGGACUUUGUGCUCACCAUCACAGGGAAGAAGCCCCCCUGCUGCGUGCUGUCCAACCCUGACCAGAAGGGCAAGAUCCGCCGCAUCGACUGCCUCCGCCAGGCCGACAAGGUGUGGAGGCUGGACCUGGUCAUGGUCAUCCUGUUUAAGGGCAGCCCCCUGGAGAGCACGGACGGCGAGCGGCUGGUCAAGUCGCCCCAGUGCUCCAACCACGGUCUGUGCGUCCAACCUCACCACAUCGGGGUGACGGUCAAGGAGCUGGAUCUCUACCUUGCCUACUUCGUCCACACACCAGAACAAUCAGGACAAUCAGACAACUCAAACCAGCAAGGAGACACAGACGUCAAGCCCCCACCAAAUGGUGAGUUUACAAGCCACUUGAGUUUCCAGGACUGCUUCGUGACUUCAGGGGUGUGGAAUGUAGCCGAGUUGGUCCGCGUGUCACAGACUCCAGUGGCCACAGCGACAGGCCCCAACUUCUCUCUGGCAGACCUGGACAGCCCUGGUUAUUACAACAUCAACCAGGUGACAUUGGGACGGCGCUCCAUCACCUCCACCCCCUCCACCAGGACUGAAAUGGAGCUUUAUGCAAGUCUCCCACGGAGCUCCAACAAGCGCAAGUCCAUUGACGACAGCGAGAUGGAGAGCCCGGUGGAUGAUGUCUUCUACUCAGGCCGUUCCCCUGCGGCCGGCAGCAGCUCUCAGUCCAGUGGUUGGCCUAAUGAUGUGGAUGCAGUGCAGCACCAUUUGGCCAGUGUGCAGGAGAGGAAGAUUAAGCAUGAGAGCGAUGGAGUGCAGUUUCCUUACCAUGGACUCUCAUCGCCUGGUUCUCAUAAGAAGCUGGGGAAAUUCGAUUUCAGCGCCCUGUCCUCCCAGACGAGGUCCCCCCGCAUGGCGUUCACCCACCACCCACUGCCAAUGCUGGCGGGAGUGAGACCAGGGAGUCCUCGUGCUUCAGCCUCGGCUCUGCACUUCCCGUCUCCUUCCAUCAUCCAGCAGUCUAGCCCCUACUUCACCCACCCAACCAUCCGCUACCACCACCACCCUGGACAGGAUCCCCUGAAGGAAUUUGUGCAGUUUGUUUGUGCCGAUGGCUCGGGGCAGGCCGCCGGACAGCCAAACGGGAGUGGCCAGAGCAAAAUGCCAGGCUCCUUCUUGCUGCCUCCACCUCCCCCAGUGGCCCGCCCAGUGCCCCUCCCCAUGCCCGACUCUAAACCCAACAGCACGCCCCCUGAUGGCGGACUCUCCUCGCCCGCAUCUCCGUCAUACUCCACGCCAGGCGCCACAGCUCCCAACAGGUUUGUCGGCAUCGGAUCACGGGACAACAACUUUCUGAACAUCCCGCAGCAGACACAGUCUUGGUUCCUCUGACAAGAUCUGUGUCCAAACCAGCAAGUAGAAUUUUUUCUUUACAAUCCAAAAUAAAGAAAAAAAACAAAAAAAAAAACAACAUAAACAACCCGCAGGAUGAUAGUAAUGUCCUCCAACCAACCCACUGACUGGCCCCUGACAGUUUGUCUCACCUGAUAUGACACAUAACCAAGUAACGCAGGAAAUUACAGCAGCAUGACGCUUUUAGUGGAACUCUGGACUUGUUCACGCAGUCAGACGGAGGACCCGGUUUGAGCAAAGAUAAAAGAUGAAUGGACGGACAAGAGGAUUCUAGGAUGAGAGAUGGGGAUUAAGGGACAGCAGCAGGCAGGCCUCUUCAUCGAACCAGCACAGCGCGGCAUCGACAACGGAGGAAGAGGAGGAUGUGAAAGCGGUCAGCUUUUCCUUCUUUCUAAGGACGCUUUGUGUAAUGAAUGACAAAACGAAAACAACUGUCCAGCAAACACAGAUUCAAGCUACAAAAAGCAUCACCCAUCAUGUUUCCAGUGAAAAAUACAGUCUGCGCUCCUGUGAUGUCUCAUCACACCCCCACCAAAACAAAAAAAAAAGAUCAAAUUGGCCAAAAUUUCUCUCCCAUUAACUCUACAAAGCCCCUUCUCACCCUGCUACUAAGCGAGAGACCAUGUCAAAACAUAUCUCGAUUAAAGGUUGCACUACAAGCUAAAUCAGUCAACACUAAUAUUAAUGAUGUGCACUAUUUACCUACAAGGCAUGGGAGGUAAACCAGACUUGCCUAUUGAAUGCUCUAAAGAGGAAAUAAAUCAAGGUACAAGAAGCCUUCAUGUGUCCUCAACCCCCAUCAGUCACUUCAGCCAAUCACUGACCUCCGCUCAAUCUCACAUCUACGCGCACAUAGUCUGUGCCAUGACUAUAGCAUGUAUGAAAAUGCACACAAACACACAUAUUUGCAGGAUCACCAUUAAGAUUGGAGCAUUUAUAGGUGGUGAUGUUGCGUUGUUUUAAAUAUGAUUAUAUUUUCAUUAAUCCAAUGAACUCCCUCUGUCUUGGUAGCUAUCCAGAUCAUCAUGCUACGGUGCCACUGUAUGAUUACUGACACGUGUCACCACUAUAGGCAGCCGCUAUUGGUUCCCCAUUUGCCCUCAUAAUGUAGGCAAAUGACAAAUGAUUUUUUCCCUUGUGUGUUCCGCUAUUUGAACGUACUCCUUUUGGAUUUGUACUGUUUUGUAAUUGUUUUGUAUUUGAAUGACAGCACCUUAAAGAGCAACGCAGUAGGAAGCGGUAUGUUGGGGUGGUCGGCUAACAGAUUUAGUAAUGCUUCUAAAAACUUGGAAAAAAAAACGUUUAUUUGCUUUUCCUUUCUUUUUGUGGAUGUGAAACCUGAUAUCACUCCCAUUUGAAGCUACAACCAGCAGUUGUUUGUUAGAGCAGGGCAUGUAAACAAACACUCUAACAGAGUUAGAACCUGGUAACUGGUCACUUGUUAAACUUUGGUGAAACCACCUCUGCAUUAUAAUCAUGUAAAGGGCUGUAUAGGGGUUUUUUGUCAAUCUAAGAUACCAAACACAAAUGCUAUCAGAAGGAUGCAGGCACUAUGAAGUCACCUGCUGGUUUGUGGAUAACAUAUUUGAAGCUUGUCACAUUUGUUUGUUUUUUUUGUUUGUUUUGGGGGUUUUUUUGAGAGCCAGAGUUGACAAUAUUUGAAGAUAAUUAUUCUGAUUGGACAGAAGAAUUAUAAAUAUGCUGUAUUUCCUCAAAGAAAAAUAUAAAUUCAUCCAAAAGCCAAGGGAAAAAAUGCAUGCUGUAAUUAUAUUGUGCAUAUCAAAAAUACCAAGGUUAGAUUUUAAAUCUAAAUAUUUUAACUAGAUACUUAAGCUUACUUUAAUGUUUUUAUAUUGUAUGAGAGCACAUUUUAUUCCAGAAAAUAAGUUCAACAUUGAGUUUACAAGGACUUUCAUGUGAUUCAGAGCAAUAAGUUACGUAAUUUUAGUAGCAGCUUAAAUGCAUUAAGUUCCACAAUGCAACCGGCUUUGGGAAGUUUAGCUAAAGCACUGUCCUUAAAAUCAAUGCUGCCAGAGAAAUUUUAGCUCUAAAAGCUAAUGUUAAUAUUAGUUCUACAGGUAAGCCAGUUAAACCCAUGUUAGCUUAGCUCACUAAUAGGUUAAGCUAACAUUAAUGUUAGUGCCUCAACUAAGCUAACCAAACCAACAUUAGCUUAUUGAUAGCCUAUUUUCAAUGGCAUUAAUAGCUUGUUUUUCUAAAGAUAGAUGAUUUUCAUUUAGUUUAAAUAAUUGUUUUUAUUUUCUUAACUUUUAUAUUUAAAAAUAUAUUAAGACUACCUUAUUAGUAAGCUUAGCUAAUUUUAAUGUUAGUUAAACAGGUAAACUGGCCAAACAACUGUCAGCUUAGCUUGCAAAGGUUAGUUUAAAUGGCAGCAAUAGCUUGUUUUUGUUUUUUUAUGGAAAUGUGAUUUUUUUUUAUCAAGUUUUAAUCAUUGUUUUUGUCCUCUUAAAUUUUAUCUUUGAAUAAAAACAAGUUAUUACUUUCAUUAAAACUAGCUUAUUUGUAAGCUAAGCUACUGUUGAUGUUGGUUACACAGCUAAUCUAACCAAACAAAUAUUAGCUUAGGUUACUGAUGGGUUAGUUUUAAUGGCAAUAGUAGCUUGUUUUCCUAUAGAUAUUUUAGGCUUUCUUUAAGUUUUAAUCAUUUUUAUCCUCUUAAAUUAUGUUUAAG